AUGGAGGCGAGAAGGACAAUGGCGAAGGGGAUCCCUAACCCAAUAGAACCUGUGGUAGCUCCCAUGGACCUUGCCACGGGCUUCACUAGAGCCAAAGGGGUGGCGGUGCUAUUGAGACAUCUGGAGGUGAGGCCAUCACUGGAGGAGCCAUUGUCAAAGACAGCAGGGGUAGCAAAGGUGGAGGCGAUCUGGGGGCCAGGCACGCAGACGAUGUCGAAGAUGGCCCUAGUGGCGCCAAAUGCGUGGAAGAUGACGCCAGAAGUGGCCUGGGUGGCGCCAUGGGCUUGGGCGACGCCGAAAAAAAUGGAGAACAAGAAUUAUGUGGUAGGUGGCCCCCUAUGUGCUGGCGAUGGGCUGGGUGGCACCCCAAGUGUUGGCGAUGGGCUGGGUGGCGCUGGCGAUACUUCAGGCGUUGGUGUAAGUGCAUGCAGAGUUCUGGGUUGUGGCCCAGACAAACGGAGCUCUGGCAAUAGGCUGUUAGGCACCCAUGGGGAGUAUCAGGCACCCACUUUGACAGAGGCAUGA